AUGUUUUUUGACUAUUUCAAAAAACUUGAAAAUAUAAACAAUUGGAUGUUCAUUUUUUUCUUAUUUCUUUUCAGUUAUGCUCUUUCAACAGAAACGCCCGAGACACGACGAAUUGAGGUUGAAAGAAACAAUGAGACUUUAACAAUCAAAGAAAAUAUGACUAUUGAUAUUAAUAUAAUGAAGGGAGUUUUACACAUAGAAACAAAAAAUAAUAUUGUGCUUAAUUUCACACGAAUUCCUUGCAAUUUUUUGGUUCAAAUCAAAUCAACAGAUUACAUGAGAGUAGGUGUUGUUAUAAAUACAAUUGAAGAGAAUUGUUCAAAUAAAAUAUUAGUACAGUCCGCUCUUCCAAUAACACUUUCAAAGAGUUCAGACAAAGUAAAGAUUAAUUGUGGUAUGAUGGGAAUAACAACAGUUGAUUAUAUAGACACUAUUUCGUACGAAAAGUACUCGUUUGAUACUUUAUUCACAUACUCAGUAACUUCAAACGAGAAUACUAAGUGCCCACCAUUUGUGUGUCUUUCUACACAACAAAUACUUUUUGGAAAUAAUGGUGUCCAAGUGAAAUGUUCUGGCGUUGAUGUAUAUACACUUGAUGGCAUGAGUCUUUUUAUUGACUUGCCGUUUAACCCACUUAUAGGUAAUUACGAGGAAAUUAUAAUAUCAAAAAAUGCAAAAACAAUGAGUUGGAUUGGUAUCGCAAUGGAUGACAACCAUUUUAAUCAAGUCAGUGCGCAUGUUUUAAGAAUCGCGAAUGACAGCAACGUCAUGUUUAGAACACUUGAUGUCAAAACCGACUCACUUUUGAUCGAUGCUGCAAAACUGAUCUUGGAUGCGACAAAUUUCGAGGUCUAUCAAAGUCGUCUUUCUUUCGACCUUUUACAAUGCCAAAAGAUAUCAAAUUUUACCGCAAAAAACAUCGCAAUAAAGAGUCUAAAAAUAGAAAUGGAUUCUCACUUAUUUUGUGAAAAUUUUGUGACAGAAAUAGUUCAUGUGAUAAAUUCAUGCGACAAAAAUUACACAACUCCAUUUUUGAAAACUGAGACAUUCACGAUAAACAACGACUCAAUUCCGUUGAAUGACUCAGAGAGUUGGUUAAUGCUUGACGAGUGUUUUGAACAAUUGAAUAUGAUUCCUCUUAUUAUAACUUCUAAUCCAAUAAACAUACAUGUACCACAUAACACCGAACUGUUGUGUAAUAACACUUUGCUUGUAACGUCUGGAAAUAAAAUGAACUGUUCGCUUCAGUGUGAAUAUUUUGAAAAACCUAAAGUGUGUGUAUUGACUGGCUCAAAGUAUAAUGAUCCGGACUCGUACGAUUCUCUUUUAAGCACUUCAAAACAUUGUCCGUGUUCUUUGUCUGAAAAUAAAGAAUGUACUCUUAUUGUCCAAACUCCAUUUUUUGAAGGUUCUAUUAAUGAAGUAAAUGUUAUUAUUAACACAAAUUCUUGUGUAUUUUCAAACAGUGUAAUAACAAUAGCAAAUCGCCUGACUGUGCAAGGUGACUUUUCAAUUCACUCUUCAACAUUCUCGGUACAAACAGUAAAAAUAACACUCUCAAAAACACUAAGUAUCGACUCUUUGAGUACCAUUGGGAGUGUGACAGGCACUGGAACUCUUGAAUUGCUCAAGAAAAGCAAUAUCAACAAAAUUCAAAGUGUUAUUUUGAAGUGCAAGGAACUCAUCAUUCAUGACACUUUUCAACCAAAAGUGGUGGUUUUUAACUCGACACAAGUAACGUUUUUAGAGUCGAGUUCUGUGUUACUCGUAUUGACAGAGUUUAUUUUGGUCGACCAGAAAUUUCCGCCAUUUAUCAGUCAGUCUAAAGAGUACGUCCAAAUUUCAUCAAACACAUUAACUAAUUUCAAAACGAAUUCGUGUUUUGAAUUUAUGAAAUUAGAGAGUAUUGAAAAGAGUGUAUCUUGCUCCGACUUUACUCCAACUCAAUAUGUUUGUGAAUUUGCAUGUGGAGACACUCUUAUUAUAUGCAACAUUCCGAUUCAAAAAUAUUCAUGUGGUUCAAAAACAUGUGUUGUAACACAUCAAAGUGUUGAUUUGGAUAUACCUUCUGCAUAUUCUGAUAUACAAUGUCCUUGUGGAUUUAUCAAAGAAACAUCUGGUAAUUGGGAAAUAGAGUGUAAUAUAGAUGCAACACGAAUUAAUCAUAUUAAAAACAUGUAUGGCGUAUUUCACAGUCUGUUACUCUCAGAGAACACAAUUGUUGAGGUUGUUAGAAAUUUAACAAUACACAACUUUGUCUUGAAAAAGAACCAAACGUUUGUUGAGUCUCCAGACACAAACAGAAAAGAAGAAAUUUUAAUGAAAAUUGGUGUUACUGCUCUCGAUUUUUCAGAACUCACUUUAAACAUCAAAACAAGCGCCAAUUUUAGUGGUAACAAAUGCAAUAUAUAUACAACAAAAGAAUUGUAUAUAAAUGCUGUUAACACAGCGUCUCUUGACAUUACAACAAACUCGUCUUUAACAUUUUCUCCAAAGAUCGAGAGUGCACUUUUGAUUACAAUUACAAACGGAACUAUUAAUUUGCCCUAUGGAAUUUCAUGUAAAAUGAUGACUGUAGUGUCGGACUCUUUUCAAAGUCCGCUUGUUGUUCUUGGAGCAUCACAAUUGAUAUCUAUGGAAGAGUUUGUGUAUGAAGGAAAAGGGUAUGGAAUGUUAGUAGAAGCAACAAGUACAGGACUUAUUCAAGCAAAGCGUGUUGUCAACGCAUAUGUUGAUGAGUUUAGGUCUUACAUAGCAACAGAGGAAAUGGCGAGAACCCCUAUAUUAUGUCACAUGAAUGAAGGAGUUUGGGUAGAGUUUGGGUGUCCAUGUAGAGGUGAUUUUUGUGAUGUCAAUGCUUCUGGGUAUAGUAGUGGUGUUUCCUUGUUUAAUAUAAGAAAUUUGAUCGUCUCAAAUGGGUCUAUUAUACAAGGAAAAGUGAUUGCAAAGAGUGUUAAAAUACAAGGGAGUGUAUUUAUCAAUGAAUGUAUAACUGACUUAUUUGAAGUGGACAAUAAAUUAAAUACAUUCACUGAAUUUGGAAUGUGUGAUAUACAAUAUUUCAUGAAUAGAGGCGAUUCUGUGCCACACAUCACUGUUACAGAGAAGAGUGCCAUUCAUGUUAUUAACUCUCAUUCCAUCUCCAUCACUCCAAAAUCACAAAUUGCAAUUCAAAAGCUUAAUGUGUCUAUAUUAGCAAUUCAUAAGAGUGGCAAUACAGUAUUAGACCUUACUAAAAAUACUUUAGAAUCUCUUCAAAUACAAUUGUAUGUAGACUCCAUCAAACCAACUCAAAUAUUAAAAGGCAAUAACUUGCGUCUUGACUUAAUAUCAAUUAAAGAUCCCGUUCUCAAAGAAAAUGAACACGCACAUAUCUCUGUUGUUUGUGGCAACAUCCUUUUUCUCAGUAACACGCCAGAUGAUGAAGAGUGCAUAAUUAAUCCUGAAGAUACAAGUAAAGUAGAUCUCUUCUACUUAUUCUUCCUUCUCCUGCCUUUUCUUGUUCUCGUAGUUAUCAUUCCACUGAUCCUUUGUAUAAUUAAAGGGUAUCAAUACACUCAACAAGUAAGGUACAAUCAUUUGUUUUAA